CCUUGACAUCAAAGAAACUUUGCUUAGAAAAAAAUGUCAAAGUAUGUCCAAAAAAACAUACUUUGUGUCUUUGAAGAGUCUUUAUGACGUCAGAUCAUUUGAACAGGAAGUCAGAACAACAAAGAUAUGAUUAGACCAAAGGAUGAAAGAGUCAGUAGACCACAGUAGGGACUUAGUACCACAGGACGGACUUAAGUACAUCAGAACACUUCUCUGUCAGGAAUCCGUGUUGCUGGCCCUAUAAAAAGUGCACCGAGGUCUGCCCCACACUCCACAGCCGAUCUUCUCUUUGCGCCCACCUGCUGGUCUUCCUUCCCACUAGCUGGUCUUCCUGCCCACCUGCUGGUCUUCCCGGGCGCGUCAAUGCCGCACGCUAACAACUCCUUCAGCUCCGGCCGAGAGCUCCUUGACUUCCACCAGCUGCCCCCGAGCGGCCCCGUGGAUUCUGACACGGACAAUAACGAUGCGAGUCGAGCGUGCGUUUUCACGGGGGCGUCCGCCCCGGCCCAGAACGGACAAAGGGUGGCGCGCUGGAGUCAGCUGUGCGGCUGGGGGGCGCUGACCCCCAAAGCCAUCCAGGUGUUCAACACGCCCCGCUGGGUGCUGUUCUUCCUGUGCGUGGCUUCCUUCCUGCAGGGCAUGAUCAUCAACGGCUUUGUCAACACGGUGGUGACGUCCAUCGAGAGGCGCUUCGACCUGCACAGCUACCAGUCAGGCGUCAUCGUCAGCUCCUACGACAUCGCCGCCUGCGUCUGCCUCGCCUUCGUCAGCUACUUCGGCGGCACGGGCCACAAGCCCCGCUGGCUGGGCUGGGGCGUGCUCCUCAUGGGGCUGGGCUCGCUGGUCUUCGCCUUGCCGCACUUCACCACGCCGCCGUACCGGGUCAGCCUGUCCCAGCAGGCCGGCAUGUGCGGCGGCAACCGGACCGGCCUGUGCCGGGACAGCGGCAACGCGGGUCUGUCCGGGUAUCGUUACGUCUUCAUGCUGGGACAGUUCCUGCACGGCAUGGGAGCCACGCCCCUCUACACACUGGGAGUCACCUACCUGGACGAGAACGUCAAGUCCAACUACGGGCCGGUUUACAUCGGGAUCUUCUACACUGCUGCCAUUGUGGGCCCGGCUGUGGGCUACCUGCUUGGGGGCUACUUCCUCAACAUUUAUACCGAAACCUCCUUCACGACAGAGAUGACUCCGGAGAACCCCCUGUGGGUCGGUGCGUGGUGGAUCGGCUUCCUGGUGGGCGGGGCCGCCGCUCUGCUGGUGGCGUUUCCCAUCCUGGGCUACCCGAGACAGCUGCCAGGGCACAAGACGGUGCGCGUGUCCGAGGCCCAUCAGCUCAAAGACGGCAGUCACACCACAGCUUCUGACCCUCAGUUUGGCAAGUCGGUCAAAGACAUGCCUAGGUCUGUGCUCCUCCUCCUGAAGAAUCCCACCUUCUUGUUUCUGUGCUUGGCGGGGGCCACUGAGGCCACCCUCAUCAGCGGCAUGUCCACCUUUGGUCCCAAGUUCUUGGAGGCACAGUUUAGCCUCAGCGCGUCUGAAGCUGCCACCUGGUUUGGCUUGAUGGUGGUACCUGCGGGAGGAGGCGGUACCUUCCUAGGCGGCUACAUGGUAAAGCGACUGAACCUGCGCUGUCGAGACAUCAUUCGCUUCUGCAUCGUCUGCGGCGUGGUCAGCAUGGCCGCCAUCUUCAUUUUCUUCAUCAACUGCCCCAACGUGCGGAUGGCCGGCGUGGACAUUCCGUACUCGGACUUGGGUCCCUCGUAUGACCGACUGCACGGCGCAGGAAACUGGAGCUCCUGGGCGCCUCAGAGCUUGAACGCGGACUGCAACGCGGCGUGCGGCUGCGGCCGGGAGCUGUACAACCCGGUGUGCGGCGCCGACGCCAUCAUGUACUACUCGCCCUGCCACGCCGGCUGCAGCGCCUUCAACCAAACAUCUAACAUGGGCAGAAAGGUCUACUCAGGCUGCAGCUGCGUGGUGGCCAACGCCACCCAUGACGUGGGCGUCGCGGUGGCAGGAAAGUGCGGCAGCGCCUGCAACCACAUGUUGGUCUUCCUCAUCUUCUGCUUCGUGGUGAUGAUGUUCACCUUCCUCUGCAGCAUCCCUGCUCUCACCGCCACGCUCAGGUGCGUGCCCGACAGCCAGAAAUCCUUCGGUCUUGGGAUCCAGUGGAUUCUGGUGCGCACCUUGGGCAGCAUUCCGGGUCCCAUCGCUUUCGGCUCCAUGAUCGAUGUCUCCUGCCUCUUGUGGCAGGACCAGUGUGGAGAUCCAGGUUCUUGCUACCUCUACCAGAACUCGGCCAUGAGCCACUACAUGCUAAUUGCCGGCGUCAUCUAUAAGGUUUUGGGCACCGUCUUCUUCUUGCUGGCCAGCGUCUUGUACCAACCUCCUCCGGAAUCGCCUCAAAGCCCCGAUCCCAAAAGCGGAGACAAAAAGGACUUGCCUGUGAAAGAUCUUCCUGCGGACAGAGUCAUCGCCAACCCGCAUGCUUGGUUGUGAUGUCCAAGAGAACUACUGACCUUGGUCUGAGUCCCUGGUGCUUCUUCAACCUUCUACACCUUCAGCCUUAACAAAGUUCAACAGGACUUCUAGCGCAUGAAUCAACGUUUUGUCUGACUCCGAUCUUACGGGCACUAAAACUUUCCUAUUGUUCAAGUUCCAGAGACUUAUAUGUGGGCCAACUGAGCAGUUCUGCUUAGGGAGUCCAGAUCUGUAUCCAUGUCAACCACGAUCCUUAACUAACCUCCACCAGUUCUGGUGAGAAUGUUUCUUAGUCAGUAAACCGAACAACUGGAUUAGUCCUGGCCUGUGUCCAAGUCUGUUACCAUCCUAAACAAACCUCUACAACCAGUCAGGUUUACACCAGAACCUGGGUCAGUUCUGGUAGUAAUGUUGACUGUCCUUCAACUUCAUUAACCAGAUUAGUUCCAGACACUUAUGUGCCUGUUGGAGCAGUUCCUAAAUAUUUUUAAUCAGAUUAGUUCCAGACACUUCUAGAACAGAUUUGGUGGGAAUGCUCCUUAGCAAGGGACCGAACUGGAGUUAGUCCUGGCCUAUGUACACAUCUGUUACCAUCCAAAACAAACCUCUACAGUUAAGUUCCAGACACGUGCACACCAGGUUCUGGUGUCAAGUGACCAAACUAUAUUCUUUGAGUCCUGGUCUGCCACAAUCCUCAACCAACCAGUCUUCAAACCGUCAAAUUGGUGUUUUGAUUUCAACCGUUUCCUUCUGACAUCUUAACAAGCUGCAGAGACUUGUGCACCAGGUUUGUUUUUUUAUGGUUGCAAAAGUUCAGAAUGUUCAUAGUCCACAGAGAACUACAGUAGAGUUCUAGCCUUUGUCCACAUCUGACACAAUCUGGAACCAAUUUUCUCCCACCUGUCAGAUUGGCCUCAACUCCCACAGGAUUUGACACCAGAACUUCCACUAAUUUUGAUUUACAGGACUUUGUUCUAUCCUAAAUUUUGACUUGUAGGACUUUGUUCUGACAAAUUUUGACUUGCAGGACUAGAACAAAUUUUACUUGCAGUACUUUGUUUUCUCAAAUUUUGACUUGCAGGACUUUGUUCUCACAAUUUUUGAAUUGCAGGACUAGAACAAAUGUUGACUUGCAGUACUUUGUUCUCACAACUUUUGACUUGAAGGACUUUGUUCUCACAAAUUUUGACUUGCAGGACUAGAACAAAUUUUGACUUGCAGUACUUAGUUCUCUCAAAUUUUGACUUGCAGGACUUUGUUCACUCAAAUUUUGACUUGCAGGACUUUGUUUUCUCAAAUUUUGACUUAUAGGACUUUGUUUUCUUAAAUUUUUACUUUCUCACAAAUUUUACCUUGCAGGACUUUGUUCUCUCCUAAAUUUUGACUUGCAGGACUUUGUUCUCACAAAUUUUGACUUUCUCACAAAUUUUGACUUGCAGGACUUUGACCUCACAUAUUUUGAUUUGCAGGACUUCUCAAAUUUUGACUUGUAGGACUUUUUUUUCUUAAAUUUUGACUUUCUCACAAAUUUUACUUUGCAGGACUUUGUUCUCUCCUAAAUUUUGACUUGCAGGACUUUGUUCUCACAAAUUUUGACUUGCAGGAUUUUAUUCUGACAUAUUUUGACAUGCAGGACUUUGUUCUCACAAAUGUUA